UCCGGUCUGCCCUUGGAUCACCGCGCAUUUCCAUCUGGAAGGUUGCAUCUCCACAGUGAUGUCGCAUUACAGGAAGGUUUUCCUUCUUUGUUUCUCAGGCCUGGUCCUGGAGACGGGAAGGAGUCUGGACACAGUGACACUUCUCAAAGGCCCUGCAGGACCGCCAUGGCUUAUGAUGACGCCGUGAAGAAAGAAGAUUGCUUCGAUGGUGAUCACAGCUUUGAGGACAUAGGACUAGCAGCUGGCAGAAGCCAACGAGAGAAGAAACGUUCUUACAAAGAUUUUUUAAGGGAAGAGGAAGAAAUCGCUGCUCAGGUCAGGAAUUCUUCCAAGAAGAAGUUAAAGGAUAGUGAAUUUUACUUCUUGGGGACGGACACACACAAGAAGAAGAGGAAGCACUCCUCUGAUGAUUACUACUAUGGAGGACAGUGGUUCUUGUUCUGAGUGCCGAUAAACCAGUGUGAAGGAGGAGAGAGGUGGAGGGCUGGUAUUUUGGAGGAUUCAGCAUAGAAGAACAGUCUUCAUUUGUGAUACACCAGAUAUUUCGUCUUUGGAAUCGUCACAGAAGAAAAAGAAAAGGUCCAGCCCGCAAGCUGCUGAUACAGCUAUGGACCUGCUGAAAGCUAUCACUUCCCCGCUGGCCGCAGGCUCCAAGUCCUCCAAGAAGACAGGGGAGAAGUCCUCUAGCUCUUCUAGCCACUCGGAGAGUAAAAAGGACCACCACAGGAAGAAAAUCAGUGGAAGCAGCGGGGAGCUGUCCCUGGAGGAUGGUGGUUCCCACAAAUCCAAAAAAAUGAAACCUCUCUUUGUGAAUACCGAGACCCUGACCCUCCGUGAGCCUGACGGUUUAAAGAUGAAGCUCAUUCUCUCCCCAAAGGAGAAGGGAAGCAGCUCCGUGGAGGAGGAGUCUUUCCAGUACCCCUCUCAGCAGGGGGCUGCGAAAAAGUCCUCUAAGAAAUCAGCUCGGGAUGAGCAAGGUGCUUUACUCCUCGGACACGAGUUACAGAGCUUUCUGAAAACAGCCCGGAAGAAGCACAAGUCGUCCUCAGACCCACAUUCGUCUUCUGGCCCUGAAGGCUGUGGGUCUGAUGCCUCCCAGUUCCCAGAACCCCACAGUGCUAAUCUGGAUCUUCCAGGGCUUGAGCCUAUCCUAGUAGAAUCGGACUCAACCUCUGGAGGGGAGCUCGAGGCUGGUGAGUUGGUGAUAGAUGACUCUUACCGGGAAAUCAAGAAGAAAAAGAAGUCAAAGAAAAGCAAGAAGAAGAAGGACAAGGAGAAGCAUAAGGAGAGACGCCAUUCCAAGUCCAAGAGAAGUUCAGGCCUUUCUGCCGCAGUGGUGGGAGAGAUCACAAUGACUCCUGGCCCUCCUCCCAGCAUCCCCUACCCUGGAGCAGCUGCCCCUCCCCCACCGCUUCCUGGCCUCCACACUGAUGGGCAUAGUGAGAAAAAAAAGAAAAAAGAGGAAAAGGACAAAGAGAGAGAAAGAGGAGAAAAGCCAAAAAAGAAGAACAUGUCGGCCUACCAGGUGUUCUGUAAGGAGUACCGCGUGACCAUCGUGGCUGACCAUCCUGGCAUAGAUUUUGGGGAACUUAGCAAAAAACUGGCUGAGGUGUGGAAGCAAUUGCCAGAAAAGGAUAAACUGAUUUGGAAGCAAAAAGCUCAGUAUCUGCAACACAAACAAAACAAAGCAGAAGCUACAACUGUGAAAAGAAAAGCAUCCGGCUCAGAAGGCUCCAUGAAAGUAAAAGCUUCCUCUGCAGGAGUGCUGUCACCCCAAAAGAAGUCCCCGCCCACCACCAUGCUAUUACCAGCCUCCCCAGCCAAAGCCCCUGAGACAGAGCCCAUUGAUGUUGCUGCUCAUCUACAGCUGCUGGGAGAGUCCCUCAGCCUCAUCGGACACCGCCUGCAGGAAACAGAGGGCAUGGUGGCUGUGUCUGGCAGUUUGUCAGUGCUUCUGGAUUCCAUUAUCUGUGCGCUCGGCCCCUUGGCGUGUCUGACCACACAACUACCUGAACUGAAUGGCUGCCCCAAACAGGUCUUGGCAAACACACUAGACAACAUCGCUUACAUCAUGCCUGGGCUGUGACAGCAGAGAAUCCUGGGAUGGAAACCUUGUCCUACCCCAUUGCCGGUUUGUGUAUAUAUGACCGUUCCAGAUCCCUUCACUAGCCACUGGGUGUAGGUUUUAAAUUUUUAUAUACAUACACAUAAAUAUAUAUAUAUAUAAUGUACAAUAUAUACAUAGGAUUGUAACUACUUCACUUUUAAUAAUUUUAUGAAAUGGCAAAGGUUUAGCCAAGAGGAAACCUUGGCAUGAAAAUGGGCUUGGGAUUCUUUUUUCUCCUGUGGUGGAUAAAUCUGCCUUAAAAAUCAAUGUUACUUGAGGGCUGGGAGCUUGUUCUGGG